ACAAGUACAACAUCUUCAGACUUCUCUUCCAGCUCUUGGUGUCCUCUUUUCUUCUGGUGGGAUUUCCAUUCGGUGUCUUUGGUAAGAAAGAUGACUCUGGCCAACACCACCAUAUCCCCCGGUGUAUCAAAUGACACCGUCGUGGCUAACAAAAUUGCCACCACUAUAGGCGCCCUCAUCCUGAGCCUUGUCUUUCUCUUGGGCUUCCCUGGAAAUGUCUUUGUCAUCUGGAGCAUCCUGGUGCGUGCUCGAAAGCAGUCCGUCACCACUCUCCUCAUCGUCAACCUAGCUUUUGCUGAUGGCUCUCUGAUGGCUCUCACCCCAUUCUUCAUUAUUUACCUUAUUAUGAAGAAUUGGGUAUUUAAAAAAGUUAUGUGUAAGAUCCUCUUUUACCUGUGUCUGGCCAACAUGUACGCGUCCAUCCAUCUCAUCAUGCUGAUGAGCCUCUACAGGCUGCUGGCAGUCUUGUGGCCGCAGCGCAUCAGCGCUAUCACCGGCCGGAGGACUGUACUGCGGAUGCUGGCAGUGGUGUGGGUGCUUGUGAUGGUCGCCUCUGUUCCUGCAAUUAUCUACAGAGACGUGAAGAAUUUUGGGAAUACCACGGUGUGCGAAUCAUUCCAUUCUUCAGACAACCAUGUGGUCUUCCAGUACACGCUGGAGCUUGUGUUGGGGUUUUUAAUUCCCUAUAGCGUCAUUAUAGUCAGCUACAUCUGUAUCUUGCGUCGGAUCAGACAGACCAAAUUCCGCCGCCGAAUUCGCAGUGAGAAGCUCAUCCUGGCCAUCGUGUUGACUUUCUGCCUCUUGUGGUUGCCCUACCACAUCAUCAACAUAGUGCAGGUUACAUGGGCUUUGUGUCCAGAUGGUUCAGGAAAAAAACAGACGCUGCAUAAAAUAUGGCAAAGCAGUCGUGCUGUCACUUCCUCCAUAGCCUUCAUCAGCAGCUGUGUGAACCCGGUGCUGUACUUCUUCGCAGGAAAGUCUUACAUCCGGCGAGAAGGGUUGGCGUUCAUGGCCCGUUUGUUUGAGGGCACGGGGCUGGACUCCGCCACCAGGAAGAGCCGACAGAACAGCCAGAACAGCCGCGACAAAGACAGAGAUGCUGAUGCAGUUAUGCUAAAGGACAAAGAUCCGGACUCUGUGACCAACUCCAGCACUAAUACCAAACCAGUGAAGAAUGGCAAGUAGAGGACAACAAGCGGCAGCAGGUCUGAUGCUGAUGUUGUUGCCCUGGAGGGAAAAAUGAAAGCGCUCAGGCCUUAAUACUCUCCUCCGUCCAGUCACAAGCAACUUUUAAUUUUUAACAAGAUUUACGGGUUCAUCGUGCUCAGCUGGGUCCUGCCAGUCAAGAAAAGAUUCAGCUGUUGCAUAAUGUGAAUCCAGCUGCCAGAUGAGACUGUUACAAACUUUAAAAGGGAUGUGACUUGGCAUACUGCUCCUGGAACAGCCUGCUGCCAGAGGCGUCCUAAAGUUACAUUUUUGUGCAUGAGGUGUUGCUUCAACCUCACAACACUCAUGUACAAUGAGAUAUGAGCCUUGUUAACUGUUUCAUAAAGACAUUGUGGAGUAUUAUCCAGGAUGCUUCACCACCACAAAAAACCUUUUAAACACAACAUUCAC